CAAGGCGGGCCGGAGUCGUCGACCGCCUCGGAGGCCAAGUCGGGACCUCCUGCUGGCAACAUCAUCCUCCCCGAAAACCACCUCCAGCCAAACACAAUGCAUCUGAGCAGAUUCGGGCUGCUCGCCCUUGGGGCAGCUGCAGUCGAUGCUUUUCGCGACACUUCCCCCUUUUUCAUGGCCUCGACUUCGGAGGUCCUGAUGAACUCCGCAUACAUUAAGAGUGGCGCCUCGGUUUACGAUGAGAUUUCCUCAGCUCUUAGUACUUGCCCAUCGGAUUACUACGUUGUCGUGUCCCAACCCGGUGUGCAUAGCUCCGACUUCUCGACUCGCAAGUCUGCACCCCGCCUAGGUGCAAAGAUGCUGGGCAAGGACAAAUCAAUCCGAUCCAAGAUGAGCGUCAACGAGGUAGCUGGACUGCUCGACGUUAAGCAGAUCAAGACCUUGCUGUUGGAUAACUGCAAGGCGCAGACCACUGCUAUUGACGGUUCCUCCGGAUCUUACCCCUCCUACUUUGAGCCCGGUCCUCAGGUUAUCGAUGUCGAAUUCCCCAUGCUUUCACUUGGAUCGGACCGCGCCCGACAGCUUUCUGAAAAUGAUGGCCUCCUUUCCGAUAUCAUUGACCGUAUUCCUUCCGUUUCCAAGUAUACCGUUCUUUAUAUCACUUCACCUCGGGAGUUCCCUGAGAGCGACUCUGUCGUAUACGAGUCCUCCCACGAAUUCAACCAGGACGGCCUCCACAUGGACCUCAAGCGUGACUACUCCUCCCACUCAUCUUACUCUAGCUCGUCUGCCUCGGCAGACCGUCAUCAAUCUUUGUUCGAUGAGUACCAAUACUUCACUCCUGGUAUCUUCAUGGGUCUGAUAGCCUCAUUUUUCUUCCUCCUCAUUUUGUACAUUGGAAUCAGUGCCCUGUCUAGCCUCCAGGUCUCCUACGCUGCUUUUGAGAAAGAUACCUCCUCUGCUGCUCAGAAGAAGCAACAGUAA